AUCCGAGGGCAGCACCAGCACUCAACUGUCACACCCGCGGCGCGCCCCACAUACCUCCAAGCUCUCUACUCCGGCCAGUCCGGCGCCGUUGAUUCAUUUAGUUCGAUCGGGGUUAAGGAAGAUGACGGUGGGAGCCGGGAUCGCCGUGCAGGAAGACGGCAGCCUGGCGGCGCUGGGUGCCACGGUCCUGACGGAGGUGCGCGACAAUGUGCUCGUCACGCCGGCCGCCGGGGGCGGGAUGCUGGACGGCGCCUUCCUCGGCGUCCGGUCGGCUCCCGCCGGCAGCCGCAGCGUCUUCCCCGUCGGAAAGCUCAGGGACCUGCGCUUCAUGUGCACGUUCCGGUUCAAGAUGUGGUGGAUGACGCAGAGGAUGGGCUCGUCGGGCCAGGACAUCCCUGUCGAGACACAGUUCUUGAUCGUUGAGGCAGCCGAUGGCGCCGGAGACGAGCAAUCCGCGGUGUACACCGUCUUCCUCCCGAUCUUGGAGGGCUCGUUCCGUGCUGUCCUCCAGGGGAACGAAGAUGACGAGCUGGAAAUCUGCUUGGAGAGUGGUGAUCCAGCCGUGGAAUCAUUUGAUGGCACCCAUCUAGUUUACGUCGGUGCAGGGUCGGAUCCGUUUGAGGUCAUCACAAAUGCUGUCAAAGCUGUCGAGAGGCACUUGCAAACAUUCUCUCACAGGGAAAAAAAGAAGAUGCCAGACAUGCUAAAUUGGUUUGGCUGGUGCACAUGGGAUGCAUUUUACACUGAUGUGACAGCUGAAGGAGUGAAGGAAGGAUUACAGAGUCUGGAAAAGGGUGGAGCAGCUCCUAAGUUUGUCAUAAUCGAUGAUGGGUGGCAAUCGGUUAGUAUGGAUCCAGCAGGAACUGCAUGCAUAUCUGAUAAUGCAGCCAACUUUGCAAACAGAUUAUAUGAUAUCAAAGAGAACUACAAAUUUCAGAAAAAUGGGAGGAUGGGGCACAGGGAAGACGAUCCAGCAAAUGGCCUUGCACAUAUCGUCAGUGAAAUCAAGGGGAAACAUGAGCUAAAGUAUGGUGUUCGACUGUUAGUUUACUGCCAUAUACACUAUAAAAAAAUAUGUGGCAAUUCUGAUUUUCCCUUACUUUUUUCAACAAAAUCCAGGUAUGUUUAUGUAUGGCAUGCCAUCACCGGAUACUGGGGUGGCGUAAGGCCCGGCUCUGAUGGGAUGGAGCAUUACCAAUCCAAGAUCCAAUACCCUGUCUCAUCACCAGGAGUUCAGAAGAACGAACCCUGUGCCGCCUUCGACAGCAUAGCAGCAAACGGCCUUGGCCUUGUUAACCCUGACAAAGUAUUGAGCUUCUACAAUGAGCUCCAUUCAUAUCUUGCUUCUGCUGGGAUCGACGGCGUUAAAGUAGAUGUGCAGAACAUUCUCGAGUCGCUAGGUGCUGGUCAUGGUGGGAGGGUGCUUCUGGCUAGGAAGUAUCAACAGGCUCUAGAAGCUUCCAUCGCUCGGAACUUCCGCAACAAUGACAUUAUAUCUUGCAUGAGCCAGAACACUGAUAACUUGUACAGUUCGAAGAGAAGCGCGGUAGUGAGAGCCUCUGAUGAUUUCUGGCCUAGAGACCCAGCUUCACAUACCAUACACAUUGCAUCUGUCGCAUACAAUACCGUGUUUCUUGGAGAGUUUAUGCAGCCGGACUGGGACAUGUUCCAUAGCGUUCACCCGAUGGCGGAAUAUCACGCCGCGGCACGAGCAGUCGGUGGUUGCGCAAUAUACGUCAGUGACAAACCAGGAAAUCAUGACUUCGAUCUGCUGAGGAAGCUCGUGCUUCCUGAUGGUUCGAUCCUGCGAGCCAAGCUCCCCGGGAGACCGACCAGAGACUGCCUGUUUUCUGACCCUGCAAGGGACGGAAAAAGUAUUCUCAAGAUCUGGAACCUGAACGCAUGCUCGGGCGUGAUCGGCGCCUUCAACUGCCAGGGCGCCGGCUGGUGCCGAGCAGGGAAGAAGAACCUCAUCCACGACGUGCAGCCCGGGACCAUCACCGGGGCCGUUCGGGGACAGGACGUCAGCCGCCUUCCGGAGGUCGCCGGCGAUGGCUGGAACGGCGACGUGGUAGCCUACUCGCAUGUAGCAGGAGAGGUGACCGUCCUGCCGAAGGACGCCGCGUUGCCGGUGACCCUGAAGCCGCGCGAGUACGAGGUGUUCACCGUGGUUCCCCUGAAGCGGCUGGCGAACGGCGCCUCCUUCGCGCCGAUCGGCUUGAUCCGGAUGUUCAACUCCGGUGGGGCGGUCACUGAGGUCAGCUACUGCGACGGCGCUGACUUGGAGGUGAAGGUGCGGGGCGCAGGCACGGUCGGAGCCUACUCCUCAGCGACGCCGAAGAGCUUGACUGUGGAUUCCGAGGUGGUCGAUUUCUCCUACGACGACGGCACCGGCCUGGUCACCUUAGAAGUCGGCGUGCCGGAGCGGGAGCUCUAUUCGUGGACCAUCUCGAUAGAGUACUGAGACCUGAUACAGUGAUACUUGGGGUGCCAGACUGACCGGAACGGGAUGAGAAGUACGAGGCCGGGUUCUGAACGUUUCUGAAGAAAGAAGAUGAAUUAUGAAUCAUGAGAAUUUCAGGGCCGUAUAUUAAUGGGACAACGGCCGUGGAGUUACCAUAAA